AAGACAGAGGUGAAGGGAGCUCGCAGACACUUUGUGUGAUACUGGAGAGACACAAAAUGCUGAAGAUCCUAAUUUUCCUACAUUGUAAAGUGUUUCUACCACCUGUUGACCAUCUGUGAGGUACAGUCUAAUGGCCAAGUUGGUCUACCAGAUUCUCUUGGUAUUCUACAUCCUCACCUUCUUGAUCGGCCUUCCUGCCAACAUCCUAGCAUUCUUUACCUUCUGUCGAAAAGUUUACCACAAACCCACCCCUAUUGACAUUCUCUUGCUAAACCUGACAAUAUCUGACCUCAUCUUCCUCGCAGUCCUGCCAUUUAAGAUGAAGGAGACCAUUGACAGCUUCAACUGGAGCCUUCCCUAUUACCUGUGCUCCAUUAGCAGUUUUCUUUUCUUCUCCACUAUCUACACCAGCACACUAUUUCUGACUGCGAUAAGCAUAGAACGCUAUCUAGGUGUUGCGUUUCCGAUCCGAUACGCUUUAGGCCGCCGACCACGCAACGCUGUGAUUGCAAGCUGCUUCCUCUGGCUUCUAGGAUCUCUCAACCUCAGCAUCGUGUACAUUGUGCCAUACAUAAACUCAACUGACAACUCAAGCAACAGCAAGCUACAGCCCAAUCCCCACGUGAGAAUUUGCUAUGAUAAUUUCACCAUAGAGCAACUGAACAUUCUACUUCCGGUUCGUCUGGAGCUUUUUCUCGUGCUUUUCUGUAUACCCUUCCUCAUCUGCUGCUUUUGCUACAUAAACUUCAUUCGAAUUCUCUCCAAUCUGCCCCAUCUCGGAAGACGUCGUAGACUCAGGGCUAUUGGGCUUGCGGUUGGGACGCUGUUGGUUUUCACCAUCUCUUUCAGCCCCUAUAACGUCUCACACGUGGUUGGUUUCAUCCACGAAAAUAGCGAGGAGUGGCGUCACUUGGCUUUAAUCACCAGCACUCUAAAUGCCUGUUUGGACCCCAUCAUCUUUUACUUUUCCUCGGCUGCCGUUCGCAGUGCGAUACGAACAUGUGUUAAUGGUCUAAAAGAGAAAAUGCACAUUGUAACAUACAGAAGAUGCUGUCCUGCUGGCCCUUCCAAAUCUGAGGCCUACAAGGAGACAAACCCACCCGUUGACCUGGGGUGAGCACCGAGCCACAGAGAGUAUUUUAUUUCAUUUAGGCCUUUAGAAAGUGUUGUGUGCAUGUACUGUGAAGUUUAUGUUAUGAAAGGUAAAAUAAAUCUCAGUUGAAUUUAGAUUAUACAUUUCCUGCAGAAAGUUUAUGAAUUCUGAGUGGUCAUUUGGAUUAUUUCUUGAAUAUUUCUUGUAAAACCAGUAAUCUUUGUUUUAUUCACAACAGUGUGUCAUCUUUCCAAAAGUAUCAUGUCAAAUACCCAUUUAUGGAGGUGACUUUCUUACCCCAAGCAUGCAUGUGCAUUCACAUGUUGUAGCACACAACAUCAAAUUAUAAACAAAGCUUUCUGAGUUAGUAGUAAAGUAAUUUUUCCUCACAUUAUGUUAUUAGUCCCCAUAAAUUGACUUUCUCAAUGGUAAGAACUAUAAACAUCUGACAUUAAAGGAGCUGAUAACCAAAAUUUACUGAUGCAUUGUGUUGAGCCUUUAGACUCCUCUUUAAUGAUGGCACAAUAUUUACAUUUGCUGAUAACAAAUGUCUAAUCAAUAAUACUUAUAAUACAGAUACUGUUAUUGAAAUCCUACUGUUAUAUUUUUAUUAUAUUUUCCUAUCAAAAUGUUAUCACCCCUUCUAUGUAAUACAUUUUAAUGAACAGUCACAAAAUGACAACAACAAGAUAAAAAAUCAUAUUUAUUAAAGAAACAAUACAAAAUGUACAUGUAAAACAUGUUUAGUAUAAAAUUAUAAAAUAUAUAAAUAUUAUAAAUAAAUAAAUACAUUUUUUGUUUUAAAUAAAUAAAUACAUUUUUUUUUUUUUUCGAUUUUUAUCAAAUUUUGGGUUAACAGAUUGAACCCCAUGAUUUCACCAUCGUUAUUGCUUCUAUGAGUUAAAACGAUUGCAUAAUCUCUUCGUUCAGGUUUUGAUAGGGCAAUAGAAGCCUCUUCACACGCUCUUUCUUCAGAAAUUUUCCCAAAUAAAGAGAAAAACACAUCUGGAUUUUUCUCAUUAAAUGUAGGUAGGAAUUUAACCAUAUUCACAAUAUUACAGGGCUGAGAAUCAAACCCUGAUGAUCAUUAGUUGAACUCUCAGAUCCGACACCACUUUCCCUUCAGCAAUUAAUCUGGUUAAGGUCGAAGUUGAUAAUAAGAUUUAGAAAGUAAUUCCUUACUGGUGUUUGAUUGGCAGAAUACUGUAGAGGUUGCAAGUGCAAGAAUUAUUUUCAGAAUGUUUAAGAGCUACCCCAUCAAGAAAACAAAAAAAAAAGAAAAA